AUGCCGAUGGAGCAUAUAGGUGCUUCUCGCUUUAUUCGCGAUACCAUUUUAGACGGGUAUAAGAUUCCUCUUAUUUACAACCCACCUUCAACCCAUUUUUCCAAUAAUCGCUCAGCCAUUCAGUAUAGCGAUUUUGUUGGGCAGGCCAUUUCUGAUCUACUGGCCACAGGUUUUGUGUUUGAAUGCGAGUCUGCCCCUAUUGUCGUUAACCCCUUAUCAGUUUCUAUGCAGUCUAACGGUAAGAAAAGUCUUAUUUUGAAUUUACGGCGCCCUAAUUAUUUUGUUAUGAAAUCCAAGGUGAAAUUCGAAGACGCUAAAACCAUGCUUUUUAGCUUUGUCGAUAGUUCCCAGAAUUGGCUUUUUUCAUUCGAUAUCAAAUCUGGUUAUCAUCAUACAGACAUUUUUCCGCCGGACCAAGAGUUUUUAGGUUUUUCCUGGUCCAAGGAUGGGUUAAUUCACUUUUACAAAUUUACUGUUUUACCAUUAGGCCUUUCCACUGGCCCUACGCUGUUCGCAGACCAUCUCGUAUUGUUUAUUCAGAUGCUAGCGCUGUUGGAUGUGCUUAGUUUUUCAUUAAAGAGUUUUGCACAUCUUCUUUCAGGGUGUUCUGUUAAGUGGUUUACUGAUAACCAAGCUGUUCCUUUGAUCGUCGAUUCUGGUAGUAUGAAACAACAUUUGCAUCAACUCGUGGUUGAUAUAUUUCAUACCGUCAAAGAAAACAAUAUCGAAAUCGAGGCUGAGUGGAUACGUCGUUCAUUAAACGAGAAAGCUGAUUACUUGAGCAAGAUUGUCGACUGUGAUGACUGGACAGUUAAAGAUUGUUAUUUUUAUGCAGUCAACUCUUAAUGGGGUCCCUGUUCAGUAGAUUGUUUCGCUAGUUACAAAAACCAUAAGGUUCCCCGAUUCUCUUCGAGGUUCUUUAAUCCCGAUUCUUUGGGCACGGAUUCCCAAGCGUUUAGUUGGGUAGGAGAAACCUGUUGGCUGGUGCCGCCUGUUUCAUUAGUUAAAAAUGUCAUCCACCAUGUAUGUUUUUGUCAAUGCAGAGGAAUUCUGGUUAUUCCUUAUUGGUCUUCAGCUCCCUUUUGGCCCUUUUUGGUAGAACGCAGGAGGGUUUUCCGAUCAUUUGCCAUUGAUUUUCUUUGUCGAGAACGGCAAAGAUGUUUAUCUCCAUGGGGCAAAUAAUAGUUUCCUUUUUGGCUCAGAGAAUUUUAGUACCCCAGUGUUUUUUUCUGCUGCUUGACGGAGCUAUACAGUACAGUGCCCAGUAGAAUCUGUUUAUGAGACGUCAUGUCGCGCGGCCACUUGGCCAUGUUUUAUGAGGGACUGCCCGUUCACCAUGUGUUGGCCAUGGGUGACUAAACUUUUCUAGGCCGUUGGGCCAUUGUUGUCUUUGUGCGGGACUGCCCGUUUCUAGUUGUGCUGAAUGUACCAUUUAGGUCACUGGGCCCUCCUUAUGUUUUUGGUUGCGUUGCAUUUGCAUUACUUCUAUUUGUUCUCACAUUUCUUGUUGUUACUUCCCUUGUUUACAAGGUGGAUAUGCGUUUGCCUCAAAAGUUGCCCACUUAAGAGAUCCAGAGCUUCGAAAGUUAGCGGAAGGUCUUCCCUUGCGUGCCGUUAAAACAAAGGCCUCGUCAACAACGGAGCGUUAUUCAAGAGCCUUUCAAAAAUUUAGAGAAUGGUCUUCUUGCCUUGAAGAAGUCGUUUGCUUGCCCUUUACUUGGAGGUUUUGCUACAGCAGAGUUACCCCUACUCCACGCUUGAGUCUGCCUGUUAUGGCACAAUUUGUAUGGCUUUCCAAGUCCUUAUGAUUCAAAAUUGGUAAGGAACGUGCUUGAGGCUGCAAAAAGGGAACUUGCAAAACCUGUUCUCAAGAAAGAACCUGUUACUCGUGAAAUGAUUUUGAGUAUAUGUAACUGGUUCAGUGGUUUGCGGGUCCCAAUGCUAAUAUUUCUGAUCUUCGCUUAGCUGCAAUUUGCGUGACUGCCUAUUCGGUCUUUUCCUUUACAACGAGUUAGCUAGCCUUCGUUGUUGUGACGUUAGUUUUUGCGAUACAUUUGUUAGGAUUUAUGUAUUUAAGAGCAAAACAGAUGUUUAUAGGGAUGGCGCCCAUGUUUUCUUAAGAAAAUCAGACUCUGUUUCUUGCCCUUUUCACAUGCUUAACAGAUACGUCCGUAGCGCUAAUUUAGACUUGUCUUCGUCUUUACCGUUUUUUCGCUCCUUGCAUUUUCAUAAAGUUACUUCUUCUUAUAGUUUGCGUUCCACGGGUACGAGUUAUACCAGAACUAUGGAAAUAGUUUUACCAGCGUUUGCGGAAUUAGGGUAUCCUCCUAAACACUUGUUUGGUUUACACAGUCUAAGAGCAGGAGGUGCUUCUGCGGCCGCU